ACUGUUUGCUUACCCUAAUCAAGUAGUCGCCAUUUUCAUUUUCCAUGUUCAUAGGCGGGAGAAGAUUUGCGGUAGAUAAAAUACAUUUUUAUUAUGCGAUAUCGUGUUAAUAUUCUAUGAAAACUGAAAAGUAUUUUAUAAAAUAUAUGCAUAUAUAAAGUUUGUGCAAAAAGACAUAUAUAGUAGUUCGUAAAAUAAAAUCGAUUAACAACUUAUACGGCGUGUAUGUUUUUAGUUGUAAAUGCGGUAUACAACUUUCAAUUUUCAUGAACUUUAAAUAUUUUUAAAUAAUUGAGUUGUACUCGAAAAUAUAUAUAUCCUCGAGAUGGAUAUUGCAAAGUUGGAAAAAAUGAAAGUGGUUGAUUUAAGGAACGAGUUACAAACCCGUGGCCUAGAUACCAAAGGUGUUAAAGCGGUAUUGAUAGAAAGACUUCGUGCACAUAUUGACGGCGGUAGCGGGGAAGGAGGUGUGAUCCCAGGCACUCCAGGUACUCCGGGCAGACGCAGUCGACGUACAAGAUCAAUGACUCGAUCACCUUCACCAUCCCCAGUAAAAGUAACUGAGCAGUUGGAGCCUCUAGAAGAAGAAGAAUCAAAUUCUGCAGCUGUUAACUCUGAUGCUGAAGAAGAAUUUGAGAGCCCAAUUGAAGAUGUGGUGGCUGAAGCUCCAGAAGAUGAACCUUAUACUACAGAGCAAGUUGAAGAAGAAAGUAAUGAAGUGGAGGAAACUGAUGAUAUUGAAAUGAAUGAAGAACAAAUAAUUGAAAAUGUCAAUGACGACGAAGAUAGUGAAAUGCACGAUAACAACACUAACGAUAGAGUAGAAGAGACCAUUUUAAGUGACAACAUGGAAGGAACUAAUGAACAAGAAGUGGGUACUGAGAAACCUAAAGAACAUGAGGAAGAAAAUACUGCUGCAGAAAUUGAAGAAAAUGUAACUUCAGAUGAAAUUAAAAAAGAUAUUUCUUCACAUGAGAUCAAAGAAAAUAUUCCUUCACAUGAAAUUAAAGAAAAAAAAUCUAUGGAGCGUGACCCAACUCAGUCAAGAAAACGAUCGCGUGAUCAUUCUAGAUCGCAUUCACGAACCCGUUCGCGCUCUCCAAAACGCCGUAGUGAGGAAAGCCCUAAUGCAAGUCCUAUUAAAGCAGAAGAAAUCACCAAUCUUGAAGAUGAGCCUACAACUGAGGAUAAGCAAUUUGGUUUAAGUUGGUAUGAUUCGGACUUACAUCUGCGCAUUGAUCCAGUUACUUUCACAUCAGCAAAACCUAUGACACAUGAAAUUUAUUCACUGGUUUGGUCAGGAGUACGUACUAAUUAUGGGGUUCGUGAAGGAAAAGUUUGCUUUGAAGUGCGUCUUGCUGAAGAAAUAGUUAUGAAUCGUUCUCAUCAAUUUCGUAAUGAACCCCAUGUGCGAGGAUUUCGUGUUGGUUUUUCGAUGCCACACUCAAGUCUUAUUCUUGGAGAAGAAGAAAAUUCGUUUGCUUAUUGUGAAACUGGACGCAAAGCUGUAAACUCUGACUUUACCGAUUACAGUAAACCUUAUAAAUUAGAUGAUGUCAUUGGAUGCUAUUUAGAUUUGGAAAGUACACCAUGCACAAUAAAGUAUACAUUAAAUGGGGAAGAUCUUGGUGUUGCGUUUGAGUUUGAUAAAACGAUUUUAGGCGAAAGUAAUGCUCUCUUUCCACAUAUUGUAACAAAAGGUUAUGAAUUUCAUGUUAAUUUCGCUGAUAAUGAAAACCUUUUGGCUAAUGUUGUACGUCCAACGCGCAUGCGUCGUAAGAUACGUAAAUCUACUUUAAAUGACAAUGCUGAGAAUAGCGAAGUUCACGACGAAGAAAAAAUGGAUGAAGCUGAAAAACUAAAUGGAACUAAUAAAGACAAACAAACAGAAAUAGAAAGUGAUGAAAAAACAGAUGUUAUUUCUACAGAAACUACAGAAGUUAUCACUAAUAUGGAAGUUGAAAUAAAUAAGGAUAAUAAAAAUACUGAAGAUUUCGAUGGUGAAAAUAAUUCUAACUCUGUUGCUGUAGUCUCUACUCCUGUAAAUGAUGGUGAUAAUAAUAAAAUUGAAGAAUCAGAAAAUUCAGAAAAAAUAAAAUCGGAAGAAGAUAAAGAUGAUGGACCUUCACCAACUAAACGAGCAAAAGUUGAAGACAAAGAUAAAGAAAAAGAUAAAUCAAAUCAAAGUGAGAUAUCUGAGGAUGAAUAUGAAGAAGUAUUACCAGAACCUCGCGAUCCGGUGCUCUUAUUACCAGAUUAUGAGCUAAUAGCACUUAUCCCAGAGGAAAACUAUAUUUCCGGUCCUCAGAGGCCUGAUAGUCGCAAAGAAUGUGAAGUUAUAUUACUUGUUGGUUUACCAGGAGCUGGCAAAACUCACUGGACUCUUAAUCAUGUUAAAGAAAAUCCUGAUAAACGAUAUCACGUUAUUGGAAUUGAUGCCUUAAUAGCAAAAAUGACAUUGCAAUACAAAUGUACUUGGAAUAAUCUUAAUAAUCAUGUAUUUAUUGUUAAUUAA